AAAGAGAGGGAAAAAAGCCAAAAAUCUGGGAAUAAUGGGGGGAAAAGAAGGAAAAUUGAGAGUGAGGAGGAAGAAGAGGAGGAGGAGGAAGAGGAGGAGGAGGAAGAGGAGGAGGAGAGAAAUAAGAAGCUGCCACGGGAAAAUGGGGUGAAAAAGGGAAAAAUUGGGAAAGAGGGGGGAAAAAGCCAAAAAUCCGGGAAAAAUGGGGGAAAGGAGGAAAAUUGAGAGAGAGGAGGAGGAGGAAGAGGAGGAGGAGGAAGAAAGGGGGAGGAAGAGGCUGGGUCACAAAAAUGGGGUGAAAAAAGGGGAAAAUGGGAACAGGGGGGAAAAUAUCGGGAAAAAUGAGAGGAAAAGGAGGAAAAUUGAGAGUGAGGAGGAAGAGGAGGAGGAGGAGAAGGAGGAAGACGAAGAAGAGGAGGAAGAAGAGGAAGAGGAGGAAAAAAAGGAGAGGAAGGAACAGGGUCAGAAAACUGGGGUAAAAAAUGGGAAAAUUGGGAAUGAGGGGGAAAAAAGCCAAAAAUCUUGGAAAACUGGGGGGAAAAAGGGGAAAAUGGAGAGUGGAGGAGGAAGGAGAGGAGGAGGAAGAAGAGGAGGAGGAGGAAGAAAGGGGGAGGAAGAGGCUGGGUCACAAAAAUGGGGUGAAAAGCGGCAAAAAUUGGACUGAGCACCGAAAACCUCCAAAAUCUGGGAAAAAUGGGAGGAAAAAAGGGAGAAUUGAGAGUGAGGAGGAAGAGGAAGAGGAGGAAGAGGAAGAGGAGGAGGAAGAGGAAGGCCCAGCCUGGAAAAAUGGGUCGAAAAAGGGCAAAAAUGGGACUCAGGGGACGGAAAAAAAACGGACAAUGAAAAAUGGGGGGAAAAAAGGGAAAAUGGAGAGUGAGGAAGAGGAAGAAGAGGAGGAAGAAGAAGAGGAAGAGGAGGAAGAGGAAACUCCAGCCCGGAAAAACGAGGGGAAAAAGGAGAAAAAACGAACUCUGAAAAAUGGGGGGAAAAAAGGGAAAAUGGAGAGUGAGGAAGAGGAGGAGGAGGAAGAAGAAGAGGAGGAAGAGGAAAGUCCAGCCCGGAAAAAUGAGAGGAAAAACGGGAAGGGGAAGAAACAAACAGUGAAAAAUGGAGCAAAAAAGAGGAAAAUGGAGAGUGAGGAAGAGGAGGAGGAGGAAGAAGAAGAGGAGGAAGAAGAGGAGGAAGAGGAAAGUCCAGCCCGGAAAAAUGAGAGGAAAAGCGGGAAGGGGAAGAAACAAACAGUGAAAAAUGAGAGGAAAAAGAGGAAAAUGGAGAGUGAGGAGGAGGAGGAGGAGGAAGAGGAGGAGGAAGAAGAAGAGGAGGAAGAAGAGGAGGAAGAGGAAAGUCCAGCCUGGAAAAAUGAGAGGAAAAGCGGGAAGGGGAAGAAACAAACAGUGAAAAAUGGGGCAAAAAAGGGGAAAAUGGAGAGUGAGGAAGAGGAGGAGGAAGAGGAGGAAGAAGAGGAGGAAGAGGAGGAAGAAGAGGAGGAGGAAGAGAAAAUUCCAGCCCGAAAAAUGAGGGGAAAAAGAGGAAAAAUGGGAAAAAACAAACUGUGAAAAAUGGGGCAAAAAAGGGGAAAAUGGAGAGUGAGGAAGAGGAGGAAGACGAGGAGGAAGACGAGGAGGAAGAAGAGGAGGAAAAGGAAAGUCCAGCCCAGAAAAACAAGGGGAAAAAGGGGAAAAAUGGGAAGAAACAAACUGUGAAAAAUGGGGCAAAAAAGGGGAAAAUGGAGAGUGAGGAAGAGGAGGAGGAGGAAGAAGAAGAGGAGGAAGAAGAGGAAGAAGAGGAGGAGGAAGAUGAAGAAGAAGAGGAGGAAGAGGAAAGUCCAGCCCAGAAAAAUGAGGAGAAAAAG